ACGCACGUUACGUAGGUCAGACGCGUACACACAGAGACAUCAUGGCGGACGUGCUGGAUCUUCACGAAGCGGGAGGCGAGGACUUUCCUAUGGAUGAGGAUGGUGAUGAAAGCAUCCACAAGCUGAAAGAGAAAGCUAAGAAGAGGAAAGGAAGAGGCUUCGGCUCAGAGGAAGGAGCCCGGUCCAGAGCCAAGGAGGACUAUGAUACUGUGGAACAAGACGGUGAUGAGCCAGGCCCUCAGAGAUCUGUGGAGGGCUGGAUCCUGUUUGUGACGGGUGUACACGAGGAGGCCACAGAGGAGGACAUCCACGACAAGUUUUCAGAGUUUGGAGAAAUCAAGAACCUGCAUCUCAACCUCGAUCGCAGAACAGGAUAUCUCAAGGGUUAUGCACUGGUUGAGUAUGAGACGUACAAAGAGGCGCAGGCAGCCAUGGAAGGGCUCAACGGUCAGGACCUCAUGGGCCAGCCCAUCAGUGUAGACUGGUGUUUUGUCAGAGGGCCUCCCAAGAACAAGAGAAGGACUGGCGGACGGAGACGCAGCAGAAGUCCAGACAGGAGGCGGCGCUGAACGCAGGACGGCGUCACUGUGAUGAGCGCGUCAUCGGCUUUCCGAUGCCCCCCUAACAAACAACCUUAGGAAUUUUUGUACAAUAGUUUGAGUAAACGUGUGACGUCGACUUGUGUGACUGCAGAUAUUGAGAUGGAGAACACCAAAAGAAUAAGUUGUCUGAGCAGCAUUUACAGCUGUUUGGCUCUAACAGAGAAUCUGAGAUUUUACUUUCAGCUACAUGUUUGUGUUUCUGGUUUUUGUGAUUUCUCAUAGUGUUUUCUGUUUGCUUGUUGUAACUUUUGCUUUAUAUAACCUGGGUAAAAUUAAAAUUUUUAGAAGGUAAA